AUGGCCUCCAAUGAAGUGUGCGGUAAACUGGGCGCUGAGCUCUUUGAAGGUGCUGAUGGAGUUAGCCCAGAGCUGUAUGGGGACAACUAUCCUAGGUUCUUUACGUAUUGGACUACUGAUGUUUAUCAAGCAACUGGGUGUUACAAUUUAUUAUGCUCCGGCUCUGUUCAGACUAACAAUAGAAUUGCAAUUUGGGCUGCAAUCUCUCCCAUUUCCUCAUACAAUGGUGAACAAUUCGAUAUUAGCCUAUUGGUUUGGAAGUUAGUGGGUGUUGGAGCAGAAAGUAUUCGGCUACGAAUUCGUGAAGCUGUUUUUCAAAUUCCAAAAUCUGGUCAUGGAGGGGUGAUUAUGGAUAGGGGCACCACUGUGAGUAGCUUCCCGAAGGUGGUUUAUGAAGCGUUAGGUGACACUUUUGUUGCGAAAACCAAGAAUGUCCCUCAACUACCUGGAGUAGAAAUGUUCGACACAUGUUAUAAUUUGUCUGGGUUUGUAUAUCGUAUACCGAUCAUAUCGUUCUAUUUCUCAAGUGGGACAAUCGUGAACAUCCCACCAAAUAACUUUUUAAUUGUUGCAGAUGGGGGAAUUUCUUGUCUUGCAUUUUGCUUCAUCCUCUUCUGA